UCAGCUCGGUGUGCGGGCUGAGCUUCGAUGGAGGACCACAUGACGGGGCACAACAAGGAGAAGCGUUAUGAGUGUGACAUGUGUGGCAAGGCCUGGCGGUGCCUGAGCGAGCUGGAAGCCCACCGGCGGGUGCACACGGGAGAACGUCCCUUCAACUGCUCGGAAUGCGGCAUGAGCUUCACCCACUACAAGUACCUGCAGGGGCACAACAGCGUGCACUCCAGCGAGAGGCCCUUCACCUGCUCCAACUGUGGCACGAGCUUCAAGACGGCGAAUCACCUGAAGAUGCACCAGCAGGUGCACCCGGGCGAGAAGCCCUAUGGCUGCUCCACCUGCGACAUGAGCUUUGUCCAGUUGUCGGGGCUACGGCAGCACCAGCGGGUGCACAGCAGUGAGCGACCCUUCACCUGCUCCGACUGCGGCAAAGGCUUCAAGUCGUCCAUGCAGCUGAAGAGGCACAGGCGCCUGCACGCCAGCGAGCGCCCCUACACCUGCAGCGACUGCGGUAAAGGCUUCACACAGUCCGACAAACUGCUGUCCCACCAGCGCACCCACACCGGCGAGCGCCCCUACCGCUGCGCCCAGUGCGGCAAGGGCUUCACCCACUCCAGCACCCUGCUGGAGCACCAGCGCAUCCACACCGGGGAGAGGCCCUACACCUGCACCAAGUGCGGCAAUGGCUUCACCCAGUCCGGUCACCUGCUAGAGCACCAGCGCACCCACACCGGCGAGCGCCCCUACACCUGCGCCCAGUGUGGCAAGGGCUUCACCCACUCCAGCACCCUGCUGAAGCACCAGCGCACCCACACCAGUGAGCGACCCUACACCUGCACCCAUUGCGGCAAGGGCUUCACCAGCUCCACCAGGCUGCUUUCCCACCAGCGCACACACACCGGCGAGCGCCCCUACACCUGCACCCAGUGUGGCAAGGGCUUCACCCGGUCCAGUCACCUGCUUGAGCACCAGCGCACCCACACCGGGGAGCGGCCCUACACCUGCACCCAGUGCGGCAAGGGCUUCGCCCGGUCCAGUAACCUGCUGGUGCACCAUCGCACACACACCGGCGAGCGGCCCUACACCUGCACCCAGUGCGGCAAGGGCUUCACCCGGUCCAGUCACCUGCUGGAGCACCAGCACACACACACCGCGGAGCGGCCCUGCACCUGCGCCCAGUGCGGCAAGAACUUCGUCUGCUCCAGCAGCUUGCUGAUGCACCAGUGCACCCACACUGGGGAGCUCCCAUACACCUGCACCCAGUGCGGCAACGGCUUUACCAGCUCCACCAAGCUGCUGUCCCACCAGCGCACCCACACAGGUGAGCGCCCCUACACCUGCGCCCAGUGCGGCAAGGGCUUCACCCGGCCCGGUCGCCUGCUGAAGCACCAGCGCACCCACACCGGGGAGCGGCCCUACACCUGCGCCCAGUGCGGCAAGGGCUUCAUCUGCUCCAGCAGCCUGCUGUCCCACCAGCGCACCCACACCGGCGAGCGCCCCCACACCUGUACCCAGUGUGGCAAGGGCUUCACCCGGUCUAGUCACCUGCUGCAGCACCAGCGCACCCACACCGGGGAGCGGCCCUACACCUGCACGCAGUGCGGCAAGGGCUUCACCCGGUCCAGUAACCUGCUGGUGCACAAGCGCACACACACCGGCGAGCGGCCCUACACCUGCACCCAGUGCGACAAGGGCUUCACCCGGUCCAGUCACCUGCUGGAGCACCAACGCACCCACACCGCGGAGCGGCCCUGCAUCUGCGCCCAGUGCGGCAAGAACUUCAUCUGCUCCAGCAGCUUGCUGGUGCACCAGUGCACCCACACUGGGGAGCGCCCCUACACCUGCACCAAGUGCGGCAACGGCUUUACCAGCUCCACCAAGCUGCUGUCCCACCAGCGCACCCACACAGGUGAGCGCCCCUACACCUGCGCCCAAUGCGACAAGGGCUUCACCCGGCCCAGUCACCUGCUGAAGCACCAGCGCUCCCACACCGGGGAGCGGCCCUACACCUGCGCCCAGUGCGGCAAGGGCUUCAUCUGCUCCAGCAGCCUGCUGUCCCACCAGCGCAUCCAUACCGGCGAGCGCCCCUACACCUGCACCCAGUGUGGCAAGGGCUUCACCCGGUCUAGUCACCUGCUGCGGCACCAGAGCACCCACACCGGCGAGCGCCCAUUCACCUGCACCCAGUGCGGCAAGGGCUUCACCCGCCCCGGCACCCUGUUGGAGCACCAGCGCACACACACCGGAGAGAGACCCUUUGUGUGUGUUGAGUGUGGCAAGGGUUUCACCCGCCUUGACCACCUGCUGGAGCACCGACGAGUCCACUCCGGCCAGUGCCCCUUCACCAGCCCGCUCUGCAGCAAGGCCUUUGCCUGCUCCUCCAGCCUGCUGGCACACCGCCACGUGGAUAGAUAGGCGCUGUUUAGGAAGACACAAAAUGCUGGAAGGAAUGGGUAACGUUUCUGGGUCGAGACCCA